AUGAACGAACAAGUUGCUAUUCCGAUAGAUAAUAGCAAAGUUGAUUCGCAUAAUGAAAUUACUCAGGUUUUAUGGGAUGAAAUUGACUUUAUUAUCUCUGAUUAUAUUAUAAAAGUUUGUAAUGAUGAUUUACAGAUUCAAAGUUUAGUUAAAAAUGAAAAUUUUAAUAAUUACUUGCGCAAUGAGCUUGAAGAUGGCAAAAUUUAUACAUAUUCCUGUGGAAAACAGAUCUGGCAAAUUAUACAAAAUACUUUGGAAAGCUAUCAACCAAACCAAUAUCAAGGCCCUUCAAUAACCAAUUAUCCCGGGAAGUUAUGCACCUGGAAUGUUAAUCACACUAAGAAUUUCAUCUUUUUAGAAGCCAGUGAAAAAAAGACAAAUAAUCAAAUUGUAAGAAUAAAACUGCCUAUAAAUAGGGGGGGUAAAGAUGAAUUCCAUAUAGAAUUGCUUAAAAGUGAUGAUUUAAUGUUGAUUUCAUCUUUUGGAAUAUAUAUCUGGACAGUAAAAAAUAAUCACGACGGGAAUUACUUACUUUAUUAUUGGGAUAAAGGACCUGAACCAGAAAAAGCUCUAAUUAAACAACUUAAUUUUCUUAAGGGUAAAUUCGAUUUCGAAAAUCUACCACCCUCACCAUCUUUUGAUCAAAUUAUUUAUCGUAAAUCUGCUCUUCAUUAUAUUAUUGAACACUCAGAAGAUAUUAUUCAUCAUGAAACUGUUCCUUAUACCUUGAAAAAUGAAGAUUAUGAUGAGGCAUCACAGCCAUAUUUAUCUCUUGCUAUCUUAAAAAUAGCUGAAUAUAAAAAUAUUAAUGAACAUCUUGAUAAAACAAUGAUAGAAAUUCUUGAAUUAAUCAAAUCACAAGUAGAAAAAGAUAAAAAAGAAAAAAAGGAAUAA